AUGUUUGAUAUCUUAUUUGGGUGGCGAAAGGCUUCAAAAUGCAAGAAACUGAUAAAAAUGGUCCGUUGCCGGCUUAAGUUGGUGAAGAACAAGAGAAGCUGUGUGUGGAGACAGUCUAGAGACGAUUUAGCUCAGCUUCUCAAACAUGGCCAUCAUCAAAUUGCCUUUCAAAGGGUUGAGCAGGUGAUGAGGGAUGAGAGUCUGAUCCAAGUGUAUGAUCUGCUGGACUUGUAUUGCGAGUGCCUAAUCUCUCGUUUUCCUUACAUCCGCAAAUGCAGGGACUGCCCAAACGACAUAAAUGAAGCAGCUUCAACUCUGAUUUACUCAUCAGCAAGAUUUGCUGAACUUCCGGAACUCAUGCCCAUUAGGAAGCUAUUGGGAGAACGGUAUGGCCAAAGAUUUGUAAAAACCGCACUCGAAUUACUUCCGGGGAAUCUCGUCAAUCUUCAGAUAAAAGAUCAUCAUUUAUUGGGGAAAAAGGUUACAGACGAGUCCAAGUACAGAUUGCUGGCAGAAAUAGGAAGCGAUUGCAUGCAGCAAGGACCACUGCUCCUUGAAUACGACAAUAAUUUUGCAAGUGGGGCCCACCACGAAGAUGAUGACGUGGAGGAGUUUGUUUAUUUGCCCGCCAAAGACCAGAGAUUGUUUGUGUUCAGGCUUUUCGUGAACGAUGAGAAAGAAUGUUACGGGUGGCCGCCUGAAAUUUAUAAUAAUAAUAAUAAUAGUAAUAUAAAUAAGUUCACCGGACAAGAAUACUAUAGCGACGAGGACUUUCAAAUGCCUAGUGAAAAGGAAGGUGAAGAGAGUGUAAUUGAGCAGCAAGGGUUAAGCCUAAUCUCAUUCAAUUGUCGCCAUAUCCACCCGAAGCUUCCGGAUUACGAUGAGCUGGCCGAAAAAUUCAAGGCGCUCAAGAGGGAAAACCAGCUUGGUAACACCCACAGUAGACGAGCUGUACUUGAAAUCUAA